GAAUCUGUGCCUCUACUUGAUAUGGUUGAUUUCGUGUCAAAAUAUUUUUGUUUUGUCUGUCUUAUUUUAUUAAAAAAUAAUAACUAAUGUUUAUUUUUAGUGCUAUUUAUUUAUUUUAAUGUUUUACACUACCGGAUAGCUGAAGAUCAUAUGAAGUAUGUGCCAUGUUUUGGUGAUAUGAUACAAUAAAGAGGCAUUGCAGUAGUCAUGUCAGAUUGCGCGUUGGUAGCCAAUGUAAACGAGCACGAUGCGAGCAUGGACGUGGGGAACGAUAAGUCUCUCUUUGAGCCUACUGUUGAUAUGAUGGUAAAUGAUUUUGACGACGAAAGAACUCUAGACGAAGAAGAAGCAUUGGCUGCGGGCGAGCAACAGGAUCCCAAAGCCGAACUUAAUAGUUUGCAAAGAGAAGGUGAUAUGCCUUUAGAGGAACUACUGGCGCUAUACGGAUACGACAGAAGCAUGGAUAAGCCAGCACCUGAACAAAUUCCAGAAGUGGUACCAGAGGAAAAUGAAAAGAAUGAAUCAGCAUUGCAGCAAUUGUAUACCGAGACUGCCAAUCCAGAAGCUACACGUUGUCUUAGGUCAGGUUCCAGGCCACCUUCAGAAGAAGAAGACGAUUAUGAUUAUAGUCCAGAUGAGGAUGAUUGGAAGAAAACUAUAAUGGUAGGUAGUGACUACCAGGCUGUGAUACCAGAAGGUUUAUGUAGUUAUGAUGAUGCAUUACCUUAUGAAAACGAGGACAAGUUACUUUGGAAUCCAACUGUUUUGGAUGAAAAAGUUAUUGAAGAAUAUAUGAAAAAGAUUUGUGCAAUGAACUCUGGUUUGGGUGUAGAAGCUGUCCCCCGGGGGAAACAGUUAAGAGAUGAUGAAGAGGCCUUAUUUCUGCUUCAGCAAUGUGGUCACAAUGUAGAAGAGGCAUUAAGAAGAAGGCGGAUAUCAGCGCAAACUCCUGCACAUGCCAGUUUAUGGUCAGAGGAGGAAUGUCGCAACUUUGAAAAUGGUCUCAAAGCACAUGGGAAGGAUUUUCACCUAAUAAGACAGAACAAAGUACGGACGCGAUCAGUCGGAGAACUUGUCCAGUUUUAUUAUAUAUGGAAAAAGACAGAACGCCAUGAUAUAUUUGCAAAUAAAGCACGUUUGGAGAAAAAGAAAUACACAUUACACCCGGGACACACUGAUUAUAUGGACAGGUUUUUAGAGGAACAGGAGGCUUCUGGUGCUGGGGUUGUGCGUCCAGCAUCACCAUCACCUAUGAUGGUCUAUGCUCCAUCACCAGCAGCGCAGCCUGAUCCCCUCGCAUUAGGAGAAAAAGAGGUAUUCUCCCAGUUAAAUGCUCACACACCGCCUCCCCGAGCUCUUUCUACAGAAGACCAAGAACCAGAUACAGGCUCCUAAUACAUGCAUUUUGGCAAUGCCAAUUGUCAAGUAGUAUGCACUGUUUCUUAUAACACUUCAUUACAAGUUUAUAAAUCGAGUGGACAUUGACAUAUAAACAUGCAGUUUUCCUUACAUAUUCCUAGGGACAAAGUAUCCCAGGAGUAACAAAAUUACUUAUUAAUAUUUGACUUAUAAAUAAUAAAUUGCUGUGAAGAACCUAUUGGUACUUUCAUGAAGCACUCACUAGCGCUGGCGCAAGUAUGCUCUGAUUGUCAUCUCAAAUGAUGGCUCUUAUUAUCACAUAGCACUGAGUC